AUGACUACCCUCUGCUCCAUCCCGGCAGGUUGGAUACCUCGAGCUCAUACCGUGAUAGCUUACACCGCUUUUUCGUCAGCUCUCUUUAUAGGAUGGUUAAGUGGUCUAUGGAAAGAUCUUUGUAUCAAUGCAGUCGCACGUUGGCCAGUGGAAUGGUUUCCAUCAGUAUCAGCUACAAUUGGUGAUCAUGCAUCACCCAGAGCCCCAUUCCAGAUUUUGAUUGCACUGUGCGCUACACCUCGGUUCCUGUUAUUGCUCCUACAAUGGCUGGUACAUCGAUAUCCACCUUCUAGACCACCAAAAUCUAGUGAUACAUGUCCAACAUCUGAAGGGUCGGGCGCAACUUCAGCGUUGAAAGAAGCGAGGGUAAGGACGAGAUCUGUUGACCACAAGCUCGAAAAAGAGAUAGAAGAGGUCUUGGCUCCCGUUGAUGACCCUCUGAGAGUUGAAAUAGGAAGUAAAGCACUGGUAGAUAUAGAGCUGUUUGUAGGAAUCGCGAGGACAUUUUGCUGUGGUGGAUGGGUUUACAUUACGUCAAGGGAUCACCAUGAUCUUCACGACCUCUUCAUGAUCCUUUAUCUGAUACUCACACUUCCAUGGAUGUAUCUUUCAACCCAAAAUUCCCUCAAUGCCACUAUCAAACGAAAAAGGAGGAUUCCAUUCUUCGGCUUCAUGUCUAUGAUUCCACCUUUGAUCUGGCUAUAUUACAGACACUCCGUCAUGCAUAUACCUGGAGCAUACACCUACUACUCUUUGUUUGAAUGGUCUUUGGUGGUUUGGGAUGUAGCGUUUGACGCACUAGCGGUUCUCGAACUGGGACAUCUGCAGAUUGCGAUCAUCGAUACUUCAUCGUCGACUGGUAAAGGCUUCAUACCGACGCAAAAUGGAACGACCAACUUCUACCUGGUCAAGUCAUCGCCUAUAGCCCAAAAGCAGGAACUAGGCGCAGAUUGGACAGCAGAAAUACAUAGCCCUUCGCCUAAAUGGCGCCAUUUCGUGGCGUACGUCAGUGAUGUGUACUGGUCUGUAUGUUUCUGGACUGUCUUUACCUCACUGGGCUUUCAGCUGUUCUAUUGGUCUAUAUGGAAGCUCGCGCUUGCUGGUUCGGAACUUGCUCUUCUUGCCAAUCUAUCGGGAUUUCUUCUGAGCAACAAGACUGCGUAUCGCUAUAUCACUUCGAGGUCAGGCCUUCUACAUCAUAGAGCUGUAGCAGUGAUAUGUGGAAUGGGAUGCUAUUUGUUUCCUUGGCCAGCAGUCCGACUUGUAGGCGUAUCAGUGGGUACCUGGACUGGAUGGCUGGCUCUAUUUGGAAGUUGGGCGAGACUCAAAGGUAGUGAAGAGAUGAUUGCUGAGGCUCAAAUCAUUGCUCUUGGGCUAGCGAUUACCCUUUUGAUAAAAUAUGCGAAUCACUCCACAAAUCCACUCUGGGCAAUCUCACAUGCUGCAUCUGGAGGGUGGAAUAAGACCGGUCUCCUUUUGGCGGCGAUCUCGAUGACUGAAUACGCUCAAAGACCUGUUGAUCUAUAUCCCGCGUCCCCCUUGUCUUCCCAUCCAGGAAAAAAGGAUCAUGCUAGUCCUUUGGUGGUUAUACCGGAAUUCCGCCAAAGAAUUGUCGCCGUAGGACUGGGAUCAUUGAUUCAUCUUAUCCAGACUUUCGGCACAGAUGCUGGAACCAUCCUUUCUUGGACUUGGACUGGAUACCCUAUAAGAGGUCCGACACUUCAUCCCUUCGCGGGUAUAGUCAUUUCCGUCAUAUCGCUAGGUAUACUUAAUCAAUCAAGAGCAACUCGUGAUGUCUCGACUAUUUGUGGUGCCAUUGGAGCAGUCACGCUUUAUAGAUAUCCCGAUUGGAUUGGUUUCUUUGGCGGUUUGUUACUGGCAUUCUACCUCAUGUCCAUCUUCCCCACUUAUCUUAGGAUCGCUUCAGCCUGUGAUCCAGGUCCCGUAUUUGGAUAUGCGCUGGUAACGAAGAUCUUACUUGAUGUGAUAUCAGUGAUUACAGCAGCUUAUGCCUUCGUACCUAUGGGCUGGAUAUUCCGCGAAAGGACAGACUUAGUAUUGGGUUUCUGUAUGGUAUCAACCAUUCUAGGAUGGUUCGUUUCCAAAGAUCUGGAACUACCUGGAAGAAACUCGAUACCAUUGAGAAGUCAAAGACGUAUUCAAUCCACCAAACGAUAUACGAUAAUAUCGUCGAUGAUUCUCAGUAUAAUCAGUGUUGGAUACUCGUAUUCCAAAAUACCUAUUGAUAAGCCUAUACCAUAUUAUCCUGAUCACAAGAUCUUCUCAGGUGGAAUAUGGACGGUACAUUUUGGUCUAGAUAAAGAAGGUAGAGAUAGUCAGUGGAGAAUGAUGCAAUUGAUCAAAGAAAUGCAAGUGGACGUGAUAGGUCUACUGGAGAGUGAUUUACAUAGGUUUGUUUAUGGAAACAGGGAUUUAAGUAGAGUUAUAUCUGAAGAAUUAGGUUAUUAUGUCGACCUUGGUCCUGGCCCAAAUAAACACACUUGGGGAGCAGCAUUGUUGUCCAAAUAUCCAAUAAUCAAUUCUACUCAUCAUUUGUUACCUUCCCCUCAUGGUGAAUUAGCACCUGCCAUUCACGCUACACUGGAUAUACAUGGGCAAAAAGUCAAUAUCAUGGUUUCGCAUAAUGGCCAAGAGGAAGACCUAUUAGAUAGAGAAUUACAAACUACAGAAAUAGCGAGAUUGCUUCGAGAGACAGAAAAUACACCCACUGUAUUUUUGGGUUACCUAGUGACCAGACCAGGCGAUUUGAGACCAUGGCCAUAUCAAAUCCUGAUGGAAGAUGGUAGAAUGUGGGAUAUCGAAAUAGAGGAUAGAAGAAGGUGGUGCGAAUAUAUCGCUUUUAGAGGAUUAUGGAGAAUAGCUUAUGCUAGAGUUCAUGAGAGUGAUAUCAGCGAUACUGAAUUGCAGGUCGGUAAAUUCAUGCUUCCCAAAGCUGGUCAUCCAGUCCAUUACCAGUCUAAUCAGGAACUAUAUUGGCAUAUCGGAGAAGCAGACGUUCCAGAACCAUGGCAUAUGCCUUCAAUGUUCAGAGGUAAUGGGACAAGAGGUCAUCAAUAUGUAGUUUGGGAUGGACCUCUAUAUUACCUCCCACCGGCUAGAAGCGGUAUGCAGCGAUAUGGUCAACAUUGGAGCGUAUAUCCUUGA